AUGGACACUCGGGAGGCCUCCCAGGGCAGCAAGUGUGCUGCGGAGCUCCGUGCGGGGAGGCGGACCCUGCGCCCAGCCGCCGGCCCGCCGCCGCACCGCUCCUCAGCCAGAGCGCUGGCUCGUCCUGCCCCGAACAGCUUCCUUCCUGCAAGUCCUCACAUGUUCCACGUGCAUAUGGAGCUUUCUGGCCAGGGACAACACCCUCCUGAGAUGGAUUUAGAAGAAAUUACUAGGAAAAUUUCAUUUCUUGACAAAUGGAGGGGAAUCUUCAGUUUUCACAGGUUGGGAACCAAUAACACAACUUCUCAGACUCGUGAUGAUGGCCACGCAUCUGCCGAGGAAGCCAAGGACCGACCAGGAAUGUCUCAGCCCAAAGGACAAGGACAUUUGACAUCCAGCAGCCAUUGUUCUAUUCCCAAACCCUCUGUCAUCUCUUCAAAACUGGGAGGCUUUCCCAUCUCCCAGGCAAUGUCCACGAAGCUUCACCAAAUCCUCUUUGGAAACACUGCCCACAUGUUCAGCAAUGACUGGAGAAAGGCUCAUUUCACAUUCCAUGAGCCUUUUUCUGAGCUGGCUUUUGCAUUAGAAGUGGAAAAGGGAGGCGCCCAGAGCAUCCAGAUGGCUGUGCAAGGGUCCAUCAUCAAACACUUGCUGUUUACCAGGAGGGGAAAUGACUGUGACUUACGCAAUUUGUAUGACCUGAGCCAGCGGGCUCAGGAGCAAGCCCUGGCCGUGGUGCUGGCUGGCAUCCUGUGGGCUGCAGGGGCAUCUCGGAAAGCCGUUGUCUGCCUUGUCACCAAGGGCACCCACAUCACUUCAGUUCUGGACUACUCUGUUAACAAUUUCACUGAGAGGCUCCAGCUGUUUGAAUGUUCAGAGAAAGAAACCACUGAGAAAUUCAUCUAUGAUCAUUUACGAUGUUUCAAAGGAGCAGGAAGCCACGGUGUCAUCCUCUUCCUCUACAGCCUGGUCUUCUCCAGAACCUUUGAGAGGCUUCAGGACGACCUAGAUACCAGCACGCCUCACCUCCUGCAACCCAGUGCUGGCCGCUUCCUGUGCAGGCAGGCCGUUCUAAACAUGAUUUUGACUGGAAAAGCGUGUCCAAAUGUCUUCAAUGGCUGUGAGGAAGGAAAGUCCCAGGAGACAUUACGUGGAGUCCUGACCCGAAGUGACGUCGGCUACUUGCAGUGGGGAACAAACGCUGCGGAAAGUGACCAGACCUCGCAGGUGGGCAGCAUGUUGAAGACUCCCAGGUUUCCUGUUUGGCUGUGCAACAUCAAUGGGAAGUACGGCGUCUUGUUUAGCACAAACAAGCUGCUCUUGUCAGACUGGAAGAUGGAGCGUCUCUUUGAUCUGCACUUUUACGGUGGCCAGCCCUCACAGAAGAAGCCUGUGCAUCUUACAGUAGACACACACUCCCAUCACUGGGAAGGGGCCUACCAGGAGGACAAGCGUGGACCAGGAAGGCGGUUUGCUCCACUGGAAAUGGUGAUCAGGACCAAGUGGAGAGAGGCCACCAUCAACUGGAAUGGGACUGCACCUUUCUUCUAA